AGAUCCUCUUGGCCUCCUCCUGUGACCCGAAUUCCCUGGUCACCUCCUCCCACAACCCGCGCCAUUUCCACCGCCUAGAGAGUAGGGAUCUCUCGCUUCGCUAGCCGGUCGUCGAUCCCUCUCCCUGCCGCAGGCGAGCCGCAAUGGAGGUGGUGAACACGCCCAGCCAGGAGCUCGCCCUCACCAACUGCGCCUUCGUCUCCGCCGCCGACCUCCGCCGCUUCCCCAACUACAUUGCCCUCGUUGGCGACGCCCUCGUCCUCACCCUAAGAGCUCAUGAUGCCAUUGCAAGUGGUCGCAUUGCUUUGAAUGGCAUCCAGCGUAGACAGGCAAAAGUUUCUGCUGGAGAUUCUGUUACAGUCAGCAGCUUUGUUCCUCCUGAUGAUUUCAAGCUGGCUUUGCUUACACUGGAGCUAUCAUUUGUCAAGGCAAAAGCCAACCAAGAGCAGUUGGAUGCUGUUUUGCUUGCCCAACAACUGCGGAAAAGAUUCCUUGACCAGGUCAUGACAAUUGGGCAAAAAGUGACGUUUGAAUUUUGUGGGACAAACUAUAUCUUCACUGUAAAUCAAGCAAUGCUAGAAGGUCAAGAGAGUUCCACACCAUUGGACAGAGGGCUCCUGUCAAGUGACACAUACAUCAUAUUUGAGGCAGCCCCUAAUUCGGGAAUUAAGGUGAUCAACCAAAAGGAAGCUGCUAGCAGCAAGCUUUUCAAGCAUAAAGAGUUUAACCUGGAGAAGUUGGGUAUAGGUGGAUUAAGUGCUGAAUUUACAGACAUCUUUCGCAGGGCAUUUGCUUCUCGAGUGUUUCCACCUCACGUUGUUAGUAGGUUAGGUAUAAAGCAUGUCAAGGGUAUACUGCUUUAUGGCCCCCCUGGUACUGGAAAGACACUUAUGGCUCGACAAAUUGGGAAGUUGUUAAAUGGGAAGGAUCCGAAGAUUGUAAAUGGACCUGAAGUCUUGAGCAAAUUUGUUGGUGAAACAGAGAAAAACGUGAGAGAUCUAUUUGCAGAUGCUGAGAAUGAACAGAGAACACGUGGUGAUGAGAGUGACCUUCAUGUCAUCAUCUUUGAUGAAAUUGAUGCUAUAUGUAAGUCAAGAGGUUCAACCAGGGAUGGUACAGGUGUGCAUGACAGCAUUGUAAACCAGCUACUAACUAAGAUAGAUGGUGUUGAAGCACUAAACAAUGUUCUGCUUAUUGGAAUGACAAAUAGGAAAGAUUUGCUUGAUGAAGCUUUAUUGAGGCCUGGAAGGUUGGAAGUGCACAUUGAGAUAAACCUACCUGAUGAAAAUGGUCGCUUCCAAAUUCUCCAAAUACACACAAAUAUGAUGAAACAGAGCUCUUUCCUUUCUCCAGAUGUUAAUCUGCUAGAGCUUGCUGCACGAACCAAGAACUACAGUGGAGCAGAAUUGGAAGGUGUUGUCAAAAGCGCAGUUUCUUAUGCUUUGAACCGUCAAAUUAGUAUGGAUGACCUUACAAAGCCUUUGGAUGAGGAAAGCAUUAAGGUCACUAUGGAUGACUUUGUGAAUGGACUUCAAGAAAUUACCCCUGCAUUUGGAGCAUCUACGGAUAACCUUGAAAGAUGCAGGUUGCGUGGUAUUGUUGACUGUGGCAAACCACAUAAGCACAUUUAUCAGCGGGCUAUGCUCCUAGUGGAGCAGGUUAAAGUUAGCAGAGGUAGCCCUCUUGUCACUUGCCUUUUGGAAGGACCAGCUGGAAGUGGUAAAUCAGCUACGGCAGCUACUGUUGGUAUCGAUAGUGAUUUUGCUUUUGUAAAAGUUAUAUCAGCUGAGACAAUGAUUGGUUUCAGUGAAAGCAGCAAGUGUGCACAGAUAUGCAAGGUUUUCGAGGAUGCAUACAGAUCUCCACUAAGCGUCAUAAUUCUUGAUGACAUUGAAAGGUUACUGGAAUAUGUUGCUAUUGGACCCCGCUUCUCAAAUUUGAUCUCACAAACGCUUCUGGUUCUCCUCAAGAGGGUUCCUCCAAAGGGGAAGAAUUUGCUUGUGAUCGGAACAACAAGCGAGGUUGGCUUUCUGGAGUCCAUUGGUAUGUGUGAUGCCUUCUCUGUGACCUACCAUGUUCCUAAACUGAAAAAAGAGGAUGCUAAAAAGGUGCUACAGCAUCUCAACGUGUUCAACGAAGGAGAUAUUGAUGCAGCAGCAGAAGCAUUGGAUGAUAUGCCACUUAAGAAGUUAUAUACACUUGUUGAGAUGGCGGCACAGGGAAGGACUGGAGGAAGUGCAGAAGCAAUUUAUGCUGGAAAGGAAAAGAUUGAUAUCGACCAUUUCUUUAGUAUCCUGGGUGAUAUUAUCCGCUAUUAGGCACGUUUCAUGCGCAAUAAGUAAACUCUUCCCACCUUCGUUUCUAUUUUGUGUUUUGCCCUCCUGAACAAAUAGUGGUUCUGCUCUGUAAAGUUUGUGCGAUGCCUAACGCCCUAGCCUAUUCUAACAUGUCACAUCAAUGUAUAGAAGUUGUGUAUAUUGACGACAUAUGAUUGAUGUUACUAGAUUU